AAGAAACAAGACAGCUGUUGCAAAAUUAUAUUUAUUGAUGGGUUUGGUCUUUCGACGCGACAUGAACACAAAGAUGGCAAAACCUUCCGGUGCUUUCUCUUCCACAGCAAUAAUUUCUGAGGACUUUCCUCCGCAACACUUGAACCAAGUUGUGUGUUUUCUUCAUAGAGUCGGGAUUUCUGACCCUAUCCCGGAUCGUUGCAAUACAAAAGACUACCACUCCGCCUUGAUUCACGGCAUCCUCAAGCCUUUGCACAUCCGAAAAGGCCGCGUCACCUGCCUUGUCUCCGUAAAACCUGCUGUUGCUGUAAUAUUUCGCUGCUUAUUCUCUCCCUUCUUCGUUUCAACUUUUGCUUUUCAUUUUGUCAUGAAUGUGCAGAAUAUCCGCGGAGGAUUUCACGGGGGAGCUAUUGCUGCUGUAGCUGAGACAGUGUCGAUAGCUUGUGCAAGAACGGUAGUGGCUGAGGAUAAGGAGAUUUUCCUAGGGGAACUGAGCAUCUCCUACCUCUCUGCUGCACCAAAGAAUGCGGAGCUGAUAGGUGAAGGAUCUGUUGUGAAGAGUGGAAGAAAUCUGAGCGUGAUAGCAGUUGAUUUCAAACUCAAGGAAACUCAACAGUUGGCUUACACUGCUCGUGCUACCUUCUAUCACACGCCGAUUGCAAAAUUAUGAAUUCAGAGAUUAAAAUUGUCUAACACAUGAUCAUCUUAUCAAUGUUUAUGGCUUAGGAUUAUAGAGUUACUCUGAAAUAAGAUCCACGACGUCUUUAAAUUC